AUGGAACGAAAUGUGAGUAACCAGUUUAAACAUGCUUCUGUAAAGGGCCAAGUCCCGUUUAUCGAACUAAAUGGCCGUCAACAUGCUGACAGCAAUUUUAUUAUUGAACAUUUACGUUCACACUUUAAGUUGCCUAUUGACGGAAAUCUUAACAGCUCUGAACGUGCCAAUCUACGAGCUUUUAGUUUGCUUAUUGAAGAAUCUUUCUUUAGGUGCCUCCAGUAUGAUUUUAGUAUUAACGCCUCAUGGAUUGGAACAGAUUCAGGCUAUUUACCUUAUUUUACUGGCGCCAAAAAAUUUAUAGCAAAAAAUUUAAUACCCAAAAAAUUUCAAUAUUCGACAAAGAAAACGCUUAAUGCGCAAGGCUAUGGGCGACAUUCAGUUAAUGAAAUUGAAGAUAUCGCCAAAAAGGAUUUGAUGGCCCUAUCAACAUUUCUGGGAGAAAAGCCCUACUUUUUUGAUGCCACAGCAUUUGGAUUUUUAGCAACUUCACUUUAUGUGCCCCGGAAUUUAAAAGAGAUAAAUCAAUUUAUAGAAAAAAGUACCCCAAAUCUUAUGGAAUUUGUGAAACGGAUGAAAGAACAGUUUUGGCCAGAUUGGAGCGAAAUUUGUGAACAAUUGGCAUUAAAUACAGAGGAUAUAAAGAAGUGA